UUUACUGGUCUACCCGCUAAGACAGCAAGCUGGCAAUGAUACUGAAAUUCACAAAAUCUAAAUCAAGUCCACCCCCUCACCCCCUACCCAUGCAUUUCCUAAAUCAUUAUCACUUUGUUUUACAUUCUCAUACUCGUACCAUAAUUCCAUAAAUACAAGUAUAUCUCUUUGUUUUCUCUCAAGUAACUGCAGAAGCUUUCAAAAGAGAGACACAAAAAGAGGGAGGGGAGGUUUAUUUAUUACUCAAUGGAAUUGAAGAAAAAUAUGUAUAGUCAAUGUAAUUUAAUCUUGUACAACUCUUCUAGUACUGGAAUUACUACAUUAAUAACAUCAGUUAUGUGCAUGGUUCUAUUGUCUGGCUUUUCUUCAGCUUCUGCCUAUUCUUCAGAUCAAUUGCAACACCCUCGAAUUUCUGUUGGACGAAAUCUCCUCCAGGUGUUAAAAGAUUGCCCAAUCGAUGUUGAGAACUUGAACUACACCGUCAUAACAAGCAAAUGCAAAGGACCCAGAUAUCCUCCCAACCUAUGUUGUGAGGCCUACAGGGAAUUGGCGUGCCCUUACAGUGUCGAAGUUAACGACUUGACCAACAAUUGUGCAACCACCAUGUUCAGCUACAUCAACCUCUACGGCAGAUACCCGCCUGGCCUUUUCGCCAAUGUGUGCCGCGAUAGUCGCCGAGGUCUUGAAUGCACUGAUGCUCAGAUGUCCACGUUCUCUCACGCCACUCCCAGUAAUUCUACUGCUGCACCCAGUCCUACCAUAGUUCUCAGCUUCUUUCUUCCAAUGUUGUAUUACAUGCUCCUAUAAUUUCUUGCUUCUUUUGGAAUAUUACAACCUUGACAUGUUGUAAAACUAUGUUUCCUAUAUGGUGAGGAGUGUGUAUCGAUUAUAUUAUACUUCUUCCGUUUCACAAUAAGUGAAACAUAGAAAAAGUACACAGAUACCAAGGAAUAUAGAGAAAGAAAGUUGGGAACACAAUAAAGUAGAGUGAUCAAACAAUAGGUUGUCGUCCCCUCUUACUUUUUGGUGGCAUAUUUGUAAUAAAAGUGAAAUUUUUUUUACCAUGUAGAGCUUUGUAUCACUUAGUGUAAAUAUGCAAAUAAGGAAAGUGUUUCACUUAUUGUGAAACGGAUGAAGUAUUAUACUUGGUCUUGGAGUACAUAAAAUACACGCAAAUAAAGUAUACAAAUACACUAACCUCUAUAUUGGUUUUAUUUA